AUGAAUAAUACCGAGUAUAAUGAUACAAUGAAUAAUACCGUGUAUAAUGAUACAAUGAAUAAUGCCGAGUAUAAUGAUACAAUGAAUAAUGCCGAGUAUAAUGAUACAAUGAAUAAUACCGUGUAUAAUGAUACAAUGAAUAAUACCGAGUAUAAUGAUACAAUGAAUAAUACCGAGUAUAAUGAUACAAUGAAUAAUACCGUGUAUAAUGAUACAAUGAAUAAUACCGAGUAUAAUGAUACAAUGAAUAAUACCGAGUAUAAUGAUACAAUGAAUAAUACCGAGUAUAAUGAUACAAUGAAUAAUACCGAGUAUAAUGAUACAAUGAAUAAUACCGAGUAUAAUGAUACAAUGAAUAAUACCGAGUAUAAUGAUACAAUGAAUAAUACCGAGUAUAAUGAUACAAUGAAUAAUACCGAGUAUAAUGAUACAAUGAAUAAUACCGAGUAUAAUGAAACAAUGAAUAAUACCGAGUAUAAUGAUACAAUGAAUAAUACCGAGUAUAAUGAUACAAUGAAUAAUACCGAGUAUAAUGAUACAAUGAAUAAUACCGAGUAUAAUGAUACAAUGAAUAAUACCGAGUAUAAUGAUACAAUGAAUAAUACCGAGUAUAAUGAUACAAUGAAUAAUACCGAGUAUAAUGAUACAAUGAAUAAUGCCGAGUAUAAUGAUACAAUGAAUAAUACCGAGUAUAAUGAUACAAUGAAUAAUGCCGAGUAUAAUGAUACAAUGAAUAAUGCCGAGUAUAAUGAUACAAUGAAUAAUACCGAGUAUAAUGAUACAAUGAAUAAUACCGAAUAUAAUGAUAAAAUGAAUAAUACCGAGUAUAAUGAUACAAUGAAUAAUACCGAGUAUAAUGAUACAAUGAAUAAUACCGAGUAUAAUGAUACAAUGAAUAAUACCGAGUAUAAUGAUACAAUGAAUAAUACCGAGUAUAAUGAUACAAUGAAUAAUGCCGAGUAUAAUGAUACAAUGAAUAAUGCCGAGUAUAAUGAUACAAUGAAUAAUACCGAGUAUAAUGAUACAAUGAAUAAUGCCGAGUAUAAUGAUACAAUGAAUAAUACCGAGUAUAAUGAUACAAUGAAUAAUGCCGAGUAUAAUGAUACAAUGAAUAAUGCCGAGUAUAAUGAUACAAUGAAUAAUACCGAGUAUAAUGAUACAAUGAAUAAUACCGAAUAUAAUGAUAAAAUGAAUAAUACCGAGUAUAAUGAUUCAAUGAAUAAUACCGAGUAUAAUGAUACAAUGAAUAAUACCGAGUAUAAUGAUACAAUGAAUAAUACCGAGUAUAAUGAUACAAUGAAUAAUACCGAGUAUAAUGAUACAAUGAAUAAUACCGUGUAUAAUGAUACAAUGAAUAAUACCGAGUAUAAUGAUACAAUGAAUAAUACCGAGUAUAAUGAUACAAUGAAUAAUACCGAGUAUAAUGAUACAAUGAAUAAUACCGAGUAUAAUGAUACAAUGAAUAAUACCGAGUAUAAUGAUACAAUGAAUAAUACCGAGUAUAAUGAUACAAUGAAUAAUACCGAGUAUAAUGAUACAAUGAAUAAUAACGAGUAUAAUGAUACAAUGAAUAAUAACGAGCUUAAUGAUACAAUGAAUAAUACAGAGUAUAAUGAUACAAUCAAUAAUACCGAAAAUUAUGUAAUACUAGACAUUACAGGGCCUUAA